AUGAGGUUUCCGUGGCCCAUAAACACACCGUUGGAAGUCUACGAGCAGGUCGGCGCCGAGCGAUUCGACCCCUCCUCGCACCGAUAUCAAAUGCCCUUUUUCUGGAAGCCAUUUGCAGUUCCAGCGACGCCCUCCUGGUCAGAAUUCAACGAUCUGCCAAGCGCAUUCCGAAUCUUUUAGGGCUCUUCUCGUUUGUAUAAUCGAGUGCAGCUUCGCAUUGAUCUGUUUCUUGGCCGUCAUGCUUCAUUACGCCAUAUUUCUGCCUUGGUGUGAUGUUUAUUCGAAGCCUCUAGUUGUAUUCUACCUCACCGCACUCCAAUAUGCAAUAUUCUAUUCUUUCAAAGUACGUUCAAUCUCCGAAAAUAUCGUCAACAAACCCUUGUUUGCAGGUCGUAUUUGUGAUCUCAAUAGUGGAACGGAACGCCCGUCUGCUCCGUCUCCAGCUCUUUUUCCAGUACGCCACGUGUGUGUUUCUCCUUCUCGACGCCGCGUUCGCUCUCGCCGCCGACUUCGGAGGAUACAACGAAGAGCUGAUCUACUGCGACAAGAAUCCGUUGUUGAUUCGAUUCGUCGCCAUCAUAUCACUCAUAUUCCUGUUCGUUCAAAUGUUCCUCCGAAUUAUCACAGUUCAAGUUUAUAAUUUCAUGUGGGACGUCAGAAAGUUUCGGUAUGUUUUGAUUCUCGUUUGUGGUAAUGCGGCAGGAAGUAUUGCAGGAAAGCGCUGAACAAUUCCAAGUGGCGAUACCGGAAACGAGUGCAUUUCACGUAUUGCUCUAUCAUGCAAGAGGACUUUAAGAACGAUCGGUUGCAGGUUAGACAUUUUCAGAAAAAGAGUUAAUUUUCGACGUUUCGACUUCCAGAAUAAGUCGGUCAGUGUGGCGAACCGCUUCCGGGAUGACCAAGAAGAGAUUCUGAAGCAGAUUCAAAAAAAGCAGAAUGUGACGAACAUCACAAUAGCUCCGGAUGAGCCGUUCGCAGAAACACAGAACCUUCUGAACGGCGGCAGGUCCAUUUCGGUCAGUGACUUUUGCCCGGAUUACCACUUGACAGGGGAGUUUCAGACAAUGUCGACGCCUUCUAAUCCGGCUACAAUCUCUUCUCCGCUCGGGAAAAGAAAACAUCGCUCCACUUCGUCGUCUUCCAAAAAAAUGAGAGACAACGAGGGUAAAAAGAUUCCAGUGGGAAAAAAAUCGCCGAAAAGGACCGGAGGAAUCAAAGUGCAACUCGAAGUAAGUCGUGUGCUCAAAGAUGGAUUAGCACAAAAUGAGCACUUGUGAGAGGGUCAGUAAUGUAGAAACUCAACAUUUUUCAGGUUGACUACGAUACAGCCCGUCUGUUAUUCAGUCCGAAUCGGAAGAACGGACGGCUUCCAAAUGUGAGAGUGGAAGAAGUCGAAGCGGAUUUCGACGACGACGAGGCCGAGCAGUCUGAGAACCCGCAGAACGUCGUCUGA